AGCAGAGACUACGGGCACGGGACCUCCCACUGGGACUCAGGGUACUCUUGCAUCCCGGUGCUGUCGCCUGGCCGCGUGCCCGACCUGGCUAGGUCUCAGUUUUGCACUUGCACUCCGGAGCCUUUUCGGCUCCUUUUAGCACGGGGUUCGCCGCCAGCCCGGCAUGGUAGGUGUGACGAAACGUCAUGUCUGCUCGGUCAAGCACUGUGGCUCUCGCACGCGGAGCCUCGACCCAGCGGACCACACGCGCCCGCUGUGCAAGGAGCAUGGCGGCGAAGACGCGGACGCGUCGGCGAGGCUCGUGGGCCUUCGGCAAGGGGCCCGCAACGUCCGCGAAGAACAGCUUCACCAGGUCGCCGUGUUGGCUGCGUUCGUGAACGCUUCGGCGGUAAGCACAGUGGAAAAAGUCCACGGCCAGCAAACAGCGAACGCACUCUUCCAGAAGGUGGUUUCGGACCCCCAGGUCCUGAAGUUUUUACAACGCGACGAGUGGACAGAGCACGCUCGUGGCGAGGCGAACUUCGCUUUGAACGCCACGGACUUGUACCUCAGGGACUUCCUCCACCACACCCAGUUCUCUGAACAACUCUUGCACCUGUUCGUCACACGGCUACACUUCAACGCGGACGGAGCCAGCAAGACCCUUUUCUCCGACUACGAGCGGAUGUUUGGACAGCCUCUGGCCGAGGGCAAGACGUUCAGUCGAGCCACCUUCCUGGAGGCUGCCCUUUCCCACAACAUCCCAAGCCACUACCCGCACUACAAGCUGCAGCUGUACAACAACGAACGCAACCGACAGCUCUCCAACGGCACCGUCGCCGACACGCACGACACGAAGAAGUACGGCUUCCAGUUGCGCGUGUUGGCGGGGUGGCUCGACGAGCUGCUCCGGUCUCGAGCCUUCAGCAAGACGGCGGCCGCCGUCAUGGGCGGCACCUCCUUGGACAAAGCGCUCCGGACGAAGUUGUUCGUUAACACGGAGUGGCACCGGAUGCUCAUAGGGCGCGAUGUGACGGCCGUCAACCCCGAGGCAGCCGCCCGCGGCGGCUUCUCUUUGACCACCGACACCUUCGUCGGGGGCGGCGCCAAAGAGGUCCUCGAGCGCUGCACGGCCCCAGGCACUGACUGGUCCGCCCGGCUCGUCGCGGUCCACGAGAGCCUCACGCCCCUGCUGUUCGGCGUAGACUUGUACUGCCCACGGCGCACCGUCAGCCAGACCGAGGACCAGCUGUGCGAGCUCCGCCGGUGGGAGACCCGGGAGCAGAAGAAGCGCGGCCGCUUGCGCAAGGGCGGGGCGCGCGUCGUCGACGCGCAGCUCACCCGGCGCGGCCGCCUUCGCAAGCACUGGCGGGCGCUUGGGUUCAAGAAGAAGCCCAGCCCGCCCGACUACCUCGCCAACGCCGGCGUGGUGAGGGCGAGGGCGUUGGACCUCCGGUGA